AAGGAGGCAUGGCCGCCCUGCAGCUGCUGCCCGUCGGGGCCGGCGGAGACCCCCCGCGGGAGGAGGAGGAGGAGACGGACUCGGAGCAGGAGGAGGAGGAGGCGUCGGCGGGGCCCGGCCGGGGCCGGAGCAGAGCAGGAGACUUCGCGGCGGGGUUCGUGUUCGCCGAGCAGGAGGCCGCCGGGCCGGGCGGAGGGACUUGGGCGGAGGCGCUGGGCCAGCUGCGCAGCCAGAAGAGGAAGGCCGCCUCCGCCACCAGCCUCGACGAGAAGAUCGCACGCGUCAGGAGGACGAGGAGGGCGCAGGAGAAGCGGACAAAACAAGAAACAGCAAACGGAGAUGCCAAAGAGACUGCGCAUGAGGCCGAGGAUAAGGCAAGCCUUGAAGACAGCGAGGAGGAGGAGGAGGAGGAGGAAGAAGGCUACUCCUCUGCAGAGGAGGGAAUCUUUUCAACAGCAGAUACGCUCAAGGUGAAGGGGAAGCAGAAGCGGAAAGGAGGGGGAGAAGAGGAUCCUGCUUUCCAGGAAGUGGAGCUCGUCUUUGGUGAAGACGCGUCGCAGUACGAUGACAGCCUGGGAUUCCAAGACAUGAACCUCUCGCGCCCCUUGCUGAAGGCAAUCACCGCCCUUGGCUUCAAGCAGCCCACGCCCAUCCAGAAGGCCUGCAUCCCCGUGGGGCUGCUGGGGAAGGACAUUUGUGCUUGUGCUGCUACCGGGACAGGGAAGACGGCAGCCUUCGUCCUGCCUGUCCUGGAACGCCUGAUCUACAAGCCCCGGCAGGCCCCCGUGACGCGCGUGCUGGUCCUCGUGCCUACCCGAGAGCUGGGCAUCCAAGUGCACUCUGUCACCAGGCAGCUGGCGCAGUUCAGCAGCAUCACCACCUGCUUGGCAGUGGGCGGGCUGGACCUCAAGAGCCAGGAGGCAGCCCUGCGAGCAGGCCCCGACAUCCUCGUCGCCACUCCCGGACGGCUGAUCGACCACCUGCACAACUGCCCCUCCUUCCACCUCAGCAGCAUCGAGGUCCUCAUCCUGGACGAGGCUGACCGGAUGCUGGACGAAUACUUUGAGGAGCAGAUGAAAGAGAUCAUUCGGCUGUGUGCGCGGCAUCGCCAGACCAUGCUCUUCUCUGCCACCAUGACGGAGGAGGUGAAGGACCUGGCGUCUGUCUCCCUGAAGAACCCAGUCCGGAUCUUUGUGAACAGCAACACGGACGUCGCCCCGUUUCUGCGCCAGGAGUUUGUCCGCAUCCGUCCCAAUCGUGAGGGGGACCGGGAGGCCAUCGUAGCCGCGCUGCUGAUGCGGACGUUCCCGGACCACGUGAUGCUCUUCACGCAGACCAAGAAGCAGGCCCACCGCCUGCACAUCCUCCUGGGGCUGCUGGGCUUGCGGGUCGGGGAGCUGCACGGGAACCUCUCCCAGGCCCAGCGGCUGGAGGCUCUCCGCCGCUUCAAGGAUGAGCAGAUUGAUGUGCUGGUGGCCACGGACGUUGCUGCGCGGGGCCUCGACAUCGAAGGCGUCAAAACGGUGAUCAAUUUCACAAUGCCGAACACCACCAAACAUUACGUGCACCGUGUGGGGCGUACCGCACGGGCCGGGCGCGCAGGCCGCUCUGUGUCUCUGGUGGGGGAAGAAGAGCGCAAGAUGCUGAAGGAGAUCGUCAAGGCCGCCAGAGCGCCCGUCAAGGCCCGGCUGCUCCCCCAGGAUGUGAUCUUGCGGUUCCGGGAGAAGAUAGAGAAGCUGGAGGUAGACAUCUAUGCGGUCCUGCGCCUGGAGCGGGAGGAGCGGGAGCUGCAGCACUCGGAGGCGCAGCUCAAUACUGCCAAGCGGAAACUGGAGACUGGCAGGCAGGAGGCAACAGAGGGGGCCAUCAGCCGCAGCUGGUUUCAGACCAAGGAAGAGAGGAAGAAGGAGAAGCUUUCCAAGGCCCUGGAGGAGUUUGACCUGGCUUUGCGGGGCAAGCGGAAGAGAGAGAAGUUCAUGAAGGAGAGGCACAAGAAGGCCCAGAUGACGCCCGAGGAGCGGUCCCAGUUUGAGAUCUUGAAGGCCCAGAUGUAUGCCGAACGGCUGGCAAAGAGGAGCCGCCGCCCCACCCGGGCCAGGGCCGUGCCCGAAGAUGCUCCACCAGCUACAGCGGCUGCAGGUCCAAAAAAGCCAAAGAAGAAAGCAUCUGUGUUUGAUGAGGAGCUCACCAACACCAGCAAAAAGGCCCUGAAGCAAUAUCGGGCUGGGCCCUCCUUUGGAGACCGCAAGCGCCUGGGCCUCGCCACAAGGAGAAAAGGGGGCAACUUCAAAUCCAAGGCCAGGUACAGGAGGAAGUGAGAAGAGGACCUCCCGCCUCGCCUGUGCUGCUGUCUGCAAGGAAGGGGGAGGGGCUGUCAAUCAUCCCUCCUCGGUGGCAGCAGCCUCAGCCCCGGUGGAAGAACCGCCUUCCCUCUCUGGGCCCUGCGCAGCCGGGCUGUGUCUGCACUCUGCCCUGUGGGUGGAGCUUCAAGAGCAUCUUUGGAGUAAACACUUUUUCUAAUGCUG